AUGAGGGGAGCGGACCUGCGAAGCCACGGAGACGGUGGCUCGGGACUUGGGUCCUCGGGAGACCAGAGAUGGGAGCAGAUAGUGUGGCGCGGGAGGGACUGGCACUCCUGCAGCAGCGCCUUGGCAACCGGCAGGCAUCGCAGCCUCGCUCUCACAUGGUGUGGGCAGUGGGACGGCGGCUGGCCGGGGCGUGGCGAGGCGUGGGCAGCUGCGGGCAGCCAGCACGGUGAGCGGCAGGAGCCAGUUGGCCUGGGGGCAUCGACUGUCGAGGACGACUGGGGUCUGGGGCUGCCACAUGCUAGCAGGCAGUGCAGGACUUAA